AUGGCAUUUUCUAACCGAAGCUUUCAGUGGGGUACAAGCACCCGCUUCCAAUCGACUGCCCCCAGUGUCAGCGGUUUAACCUCCAGGAGAACAGCCAUCCAAAAGAUUCAGGCACCCAGUGUCUACGGGGGAGCCGGUGGCUAUGGCACCCGCAUAUCUACCAGCACCGGCCACGGACAGGGCUUUGGUGGGAGCUUGCAGCUCAGCAUUAGCGGCAGCGAUGUGCUGCUCGCUGGCAAUGAGAAGUCAACUAUGCAAAACCUCAACGACCGCUUGGCUUCGUACCUGGAGAGGGUGCGCUCUCUGGAAAACGCAAACUCCCUGAUUGAAAAGCAGAUCAAGGAGUGGUAUGAGAAGAACACCAUCACCGUAAGGCACGACUACAGCUCCUACUUUAAGACAAUUGAAGAGCUCCAAAAUAAGGUCAGUGCUGCACAGCUGGAAAACGCAAGGCUUGUCCUGCAGAUUGACAAUGCCAAGCUGGCUGCUGAUGAUUUUAGACUCAAAUAUGAGAAUGAACACCUGCUCAGGCAGAGUGUUGAGAGUGACAUUAAUGGGCUGCUCCGCGUUCGGGAUGACCUGACUUUGACAAAAGCUGAUUUGGAGUCACAGAUCGAAAGCGUGACUGAAGAACUAGCUUUUCUUAAGAAGAACCAUGAGGAGGAUGUUGACAGACUGCGCAAAGAGGUGGGUGGCUCAAUUAACGUAGAAGUGGAUGCUGCUCCAAGUCUUGAUCUUGCAACUAUUAUGGAAAAUAUGAGACGGCAGUAUGAAGAAAUGGCAGAAAAGAACCGUCAAGAAGCCAAAGAACAAUUUGAAAAGCAGACAGAACAGCUGAACCAGGAAGUGGCAAUCAACGUUGAGCAGCUGCAGACCCAGAGGAGGGAGAUCACCGAUCGCAGACAGAUCUUCCAGAGCCUGGAGCUGGAACUGCAGUCCCAGUUAAACAUGAAAAAGUCUUUGGAAGACACUCUGGCCGAAACUGAAGCACGUUAUAGUUAUCAGCUAGCCCAAAUCCAGGAAGCAGUUGCUAAUUUAGAGGCUCAGCUGAGGCAACUCCGAGCUGACAUGGAGGGCCAGAACAGCGAGUACAGUAUCCUGCUGGAUAUCAAGACUCGCUUGGAAAUGGAGAUCGCCACGUACCGCCGUCUGCUGGACGGAGAGGACAGCAGACAUUUCCAAUUGGAUGUAGCCACAGAAGAAGCUGAAAAAGAAUCAAACAAAGUGAAGAAGAUCAAGACCAUCGUCGAGGAGGUGGUUGAUGGCAAGGUCGUCUCCUCUGAGGUCAAAGAGAUUGAGGAGAGGAUGUGA